AUGGUGAGUUGGGGAUGGGGGAGGACUGAGGUGGCGUCACCGGAAGUAGAGCAGAUGGAGAUGGAGUUGUGGGGUGAUAUGAUUUGGAGCGAAUUGAUCCGUGGAUGGAAUGGAAGAGAUAUGGUUAGAGGUGGAGCUGUCGGUCGUGGUCGUGAUCGUGGUAGGGGGCGUGGUGUUGCCUCGGGUAGUGACACGAGUGUGGGACGGAGUGCUACGGCCGAUUUUGUUAGCGAGUCCCAGUCGCAUCAGGAGGGGCACGUGGGUGGUGUGAAUGUGAGUGCCGUGGGAGCCGGUUCGUCCAGGAACGGUACUAUUGUUGUUGGAAACCCGGUUGGAGGUGUUCCAACAGGCGGAUUUGCUGACGCAGCUCUUGGAGCGGUUUCUAUUGGGCCUGAGUUGCAGGCUCCUGUUGGACCUGAGGUGCAGCCUCCUCUUGGGCCUGGUGCAGUGGUCGAGCAGCCGUAUUACCUGUGGAUGUUGGAGCAGCUGCAGCGGUUCGGGAUGUCUUUGUUCUUUGGAGGCUUCAACCCGGCUGUAGCAGAUGAGUGGCGGGUGCGAUUGGAGCGGUAUUUCCAGUCGAUGAAAUGCCCGAAGACAUAUCUGGUGGACCUACCGGCCUACUACUUGGCGGGUGAUGCACAUUUGUGGUGGAGGAGUGUGCUGGCCAAGAGGGGGCAGGGAGUGGCAGAGUUUAAUGCCAAGUAUUUCUCGGCGGAGGCAUUAGACCGGAUGGAGUCGCAGUUUUUGUCGUUGACUCAGGGCGAGCGGUCGGUGCAAGAGUACGACUCGGAGUUCAGCCGACUCCUGGUGUACUCGGGGCGUGCGGGAGAUCCUGAGCAGAUGCAGGUGCGUCAGUUCAUGAAGGGUCUCAGCCCUGGCAUGAAGGUGCGGUGCAAGGUGCGGGCCUAUGCAUCGCGUGUGGAGCUGGUUGAGGUGGCGGCAGGGAUCGAGGACAAGUUGAGGAGUCACAGGGUGAUUCCUAGUCCGUCGGUGCAGCCAAAGAAGACCCAACUGCAGUUGGUUCCGAGCUGA